ACUUUUCAAAACGAGAACGCAUGCGCGCGCGCGUAAAACCGUAAAAUUAGCGAAGAAAAGUAGUGAAUUUUCUAGUUUUUUUUACAAAUUUAAAUCAAUUUCGUGGCCUCAAAAAUUCACCCGCCUUGCACAUUCUGGCACCUCACAUGUGCGCGAAUCGCGAUUUGCCAAAAGGUCGCUGCGCUGUGUUUUUUAAAACCUAACCUCAAAUUUCCCAUUUCCCAAUAACUUGUACAUUUCUAGUUUUUAAAAGGACUCGUCGAAUAAUGUCGGAUACAAGCGAUCUAGACCGUCAAAUUGAGCAGCUGAAACGGUGCGAGAUCAUUAAGGAGGCCGAGGUGAAGGCGCUAUGCGCGAAGGCACGGGAGAUCUUGGUCGAGGAGAGUAACGUUCAGCGUGUCGAAUCGCCGGUCACAGUAUGCGGCGACAUUCACGGCCAGUUCUACGACCUGAAGGAGCUGUUUAAAGUCGGAGGCGACGUACCCGAAACGAACUACCUAUUCAUGGGGGACUUCGUCGAUCGCGGAUUUUACAGCGUCGAAACUUUCCUACUACUACUAGCAUUAAAGGUCAGAUAUCCCGACCGCAUCACGUUAAUACGCGGCAAUCACGAGUCGCGACAGAUCACUCAAGUGUACGGAUUUUACGACGAGUGUCUUAGGAAAUACGGUUCGAUUACCGUGUGGCGAUACUGCACGGAGAUCUUCGAUUAUCUGUCGCUCUCGGCGAUAAUCGACGGUAAAAUAUUCUGCGUUCACGGCGGCCUAUCGCCCUCGAUACAGACGCUCGAUCAGAUUAGGACGAUCGAUCGAAAGCAGGAGGUGCCGCACGACGGGCCGAUGUGCGAUCUGCUUUGGAGCGAUCCCGAAGACACACAAGGCUGGGGUGUAUCGCCGCGCGGUGCCGGUUAUCUCUUCGGCUCGGACGUGGUGGCUCAAUUCAAUGCGGCAAACGACAUCGACAUGAUUUGCCGGGCGCAUCAGCUCGUUAUGGAAGGAUACAAAUGGCACUUUAACGAGACCGUGCUCACUGUGUGGUCCGCGCCAAAUUACUGUUACCGUUGUGGCAACGUCGCCGCCAUUUUAGAAUUAAACGAACACCUACAGCGUGACUUCACAAUCUUCGAGGCGGCGCCUCAGGAAACGAGAGGGAUACCGUCGAAGAAACCGCAAGCCGAUUAUUUCCUUUAAUUUUUAAGUUUUACGUAUACGGUCGGACUUGAUUUUACAAUUGAAAUUAGCCUGUUUUAAUUACGUUCUAAUUAGCCUAUUUAUUAAAUUGUGUUACGAAACGUAAGUAAGCACUCUGCUUGGGUCCAAUUCAUCAGCCUCGGACGCAGUCGGAUAAAAAUACUAACAAGAUAGGGAAUGCUAUCGUUAUCUAUUUGACCAACGAAGUUAGUUUCUUGUUACUCGGUUCAUUGCUGUCAUUUUAAAGUCGAUUGUGUUAAAAUGUGUAAUUUUGUAACCAUUUUUAGUAAAGUUCCAAUAAAAGAAA